AUCGGAGUGGGAAGGGGGAGGCCGGCGAGAACCCUCACGCACCCACUCACUUACUCGAGCCGGUGGAGCGGACGCUCACUGCCCUCCCCACUGGGUGUCCAGGCUCAGUCAGCAGUGCUGGGAUGCAGUGAGCCAGAGUGUGGGCUCCAAUGGAGUCUCGGGCCGCCGCUGAGUCCUGAUAGCCCUUAGAUUAGAGGAGUGUGAGCUUGGCUAUUUGGGGUUGCAUUUUGGGGUCAGCAACAUGAGGAGGUCUGCUCUCAGAGUUGAAGCUGGCUGUGCCCUGGGGCCACAUUGCUGUCAAAGUCUGGGGCUCCCAGAAGAACCCUCCAGUUCUCUGCCUGCACGGCUGGUUGGACAAUGCCAACUCCUUUGACAGGCUCAUUCCUCUUCUUCCACAAGGUUUUCACUAUGUGGCCAUGGACUUCGGAGGUCACGGGCUCUCGUCCCAUCACCACCCAGGUUUCCCAUAUUACCACCAAAGUUUUGUGAGUGACGUCCGGCGGGUGGCAACAGCCUUUAAAUGGAUCCAGUUCUCCAUCCUGGGCCACAGUUUCGGUGGCACUGUGGGCAGCAUGUUCGCCUGCACCUUCCCCGAGAUGGUGGACAAACUUAUCUUACUGGAUACAACACCUUUUGCCCUGGACUCUAAUGAAACAGAGAACAUCCUGACCUACAAACGGAGGAACAUAGAACACAUGCUGAAGGUGGAAGCUUCCCAGAAGUCCCCGAGGGUGUCCAGCCCUGAGGAGCUUUUGCAGGGGUUCCUGGCUAACAACAACCACUUGAGUAGAGAGUGUGGGGAACUCCUCCUGCAGAGAGGAACCACGAAGGUGGACACAGGUCUGGUGCUGAACAGGGACCGGAGGAUCUCUCUGCCAGAGAACGUAAUUGACUUUGUCAGCAAGGAGAUGUUUGCAUAUUAUACCAGAAGCCUGCAGGCCAAUGUGUUGCUCAUCAAAGCAACACAGGGGUACUUUGAUGUGAGACGAGAGAAUGAUGCGAACAGGGAGCCGCUCCUCCUCAUCCAGGACAUGCUAAGAGCCAUCUUGAAGGAGCGGUUCCAGUAUGUGGAAAUCCCAGGCAAUCACUAUGUCCACAUGAAUGAGCCCCACCUUGUGGCUGGAUUCAUCAGCUCUUUCCUACAGAGCCAACCCAGGACCUCUUCAAGGCUGUAGUUCUGGCCUUGGAACUGUUCACGCUGUCUACCUAGCACUCUCUGCCCACAAAAUAGGUGGGGUGGGUCUCACUGUGCUCUAGACCAAGAGAGGCAGCAGAGAAUCCUGUGGCAGAGCUAGAGGUAAAGGGAAAUAGAAGAAGAUUCUAACCUUUAAUACAUGGCUUCAGGAAGGGCACAGUGGUCUGGGGCUUGCGGUUGGUGAGCUCUACUAAGCUGGUGCUGCUGAGGGAGCAGGGCUGCGUUUGGGUCUCUGCAGCUUGUGCUUAUCACCGGUCUCUGUGGAAAUAAAAUCUUCCUCCCUCUU